AUGCGUCCCACACCAGCAAUGUUUCAACAAGCCGCCCGCUCGGCACCCGGCUUCCUCCAGAGGCUGGCAAAGAGCCCCAUGUCCCCACCCGUCGAGGUGCUUCCCAUCUUGAUCCUGCCGGUAGGCAUGCUCUCUUUCGCUGCAUACACCGGCUCCCGAGAGUUCAAGUACGACCGCAACUUGAGGCUGAAGAGGACAAACGUCGCCGCCAUGCAAGAACACAUGCAAGAACACUAG